AAGGCACUUAAAGAACGAACAUCUGAGUGUGAAUCACUGAAGAAAAAGCUUGAAAAAUUCGAACGUGACAAGCAACAAUGGGAAAAUCAAAAACGAGUACUGGAAUCAAAGCAACCAAUGGACGUGCAAAUCCUCCAAAGUCAAAAGCGCGAAUUAACUAUGCAGCUGGAUCGUGAGCAAGCUGAGAAGCAAGAGCUUUUUCUUCAGAUAAAUACUUUGAUCGCGCAACUGGCUGAAAUAAGUCGUGAUAAGAUGGAACAGAGCAGUGCUUCACUGGAAGCAGAAAAUGAAGUUUUGAAAAACGAAUUUCGCAAUGUCCAGGAAAUUCAAACACGUCUAAAUAAUGAUGUGCAAAAUCUCCAAGAAGAAUUACGAUUGAAGAAUACAGAAGUGGAAAUAACACGAGAUGAAGUGAAACGGUUGCAAAUACUUUUAGACUCGGAAAGGAUGCGUUUUGAAGAAACAGUAGACGGGCUCGAACGUGAUCUUCAGCUUAAAGCAGCUGCAUUGCAAAAUGCUAUGCUUGCGAAAAAAGUCUGCAUUGAAAUAUUCCUUUUUUAA